GUCCCGCGAGAAGGCAUGCCACUUGCUUGGUGAGGUGGUACUAUGCACGCAGACGUGCACCAUCUCCACGACAUUAGGCGAUGCCUGCGAUUUGCUCAUAGCGUCCGGAAACACAGGCACCCUGGUGAUGGACCAAGGAGAAGUCGUGGGGGUCAUCACAGAAAAUGACAUCUUGGCCGCUCUCAUGGAUGGCAUUGAUCGUGAUAUUCCACUGGACUUGUGGCUGCGCGGAGGGAAAGCAAGACUUCCCGGUUGCAUGGUGAAUGCCCUGACAUUGACUCCCGCGAUGAGCCUGCAGAAGGCAGCAGACAGAAUGGCCGGCCAAGCAGAGAUGGAUUCCGGAUAUGCCUGCCACCACUUGCUUGUCUCCAAUGGCUCUAAGCCUCACUUGGUGUCAGACCUGGAUGUCGCAAGAAGCUUCAUCACCAAUCUACCGAAAAGGAGCAGAGACUCCGCCAUGUCUCUUCAAGUAAAGCAGGCCAUGAAGGCGCGUGAAAAUGUUGCAACUUGCCGUCUCAGCGACAAGCUCAUUGAUGCAUACCGCAUUAUGUUCGAGUCGAGGCAGAACUGUGUGUUGGUGGUGGAGGGACUGGGCGACGUUGAUGGGGAGAAUGUCCUGAAUCCUGAGGAUCAGGGCAGCCACAUCCAUGGCGUCAUCACAGUCACGGACGCGUUGCGGACCUUUUCCGAGUGCCAGUCUGGCGACAACACCACGGUUAAAGGCUUUCUGAAUGGAUUGACCGCUGCCGAGCACUUCACGGCCCCCGGGCGGAGCAUCUUCGAUACAUGGUCACUGCUGGAAGCUGCGGAGCGAAUGAGUGAGCUUGGCAUCCAUCAUCUGGUUGUUCUCAGAGAGAGACGCGCCGACGAGAAGGAGAUCGUAGGUGUCCUUUCCGCAUUGGACAUCGUAUGUGCACUAAGCUCUGCAAGCUGGAUUCCAGGAACAGAUGGAGGCUGA